CAACGGCCACACUGCACGCGCAGUAAACCCAAAAGAUAUCUCGGAAUUAACAAAUAGUCGAGAAUUUCAAACAAAUGGGCCAACAAUGAGUCGCGAUUCUGAUCCUAUGAAGUGGUACCACGGCAGCCUGUCCCGCGAGGCAGCCGACGAUCUGCUCAAGCAAGGUUACGAGGACGGAACGUUCCUGGUCCGGGAGAGCAGCACGGCGGCUGGUGACUUUGUGCUGAGCCUACUGUGCCAGGAGGAGGUGUGCCACUACCAGGUGCGGCGACACGGCGGGGAGGAUGCCUUCUUCUCCAUCGACGACAAGGUGCAGACAAAGAUUCUGCAUGGCCUGGACACACUGGUCGACUACUACCAACAGGCGGCCAAUGGGCUGCCCACCAAGCUGACAGUGCCUUUAAUACGAGACCCGCCACCGCACAACACCCGCAGCCAUGGAGUGACCAAUCUGCUGCACCGUGCCACCGCCAAGAACGAGAGCAAGGUGGUCUUCGAGCUGCUCAAGUGUGGCUACCGCAACUUUGACGCCAAGAACCAGGAUGGCCAGACGGCUUUGCAUUUGGCGGCCCUCUACUCGGACGAGGACAUCCUGAAGCACCUGCUCAAUGCCAAGGUCCAAGUCAAUAGCUCCGACUCCUUUGGCUGCCAGCCCCUGCACUACGCAGCUCGCUCUAAGCCGGCCAGCUUUAUACGCACCCUUAUCGCCGCUCAGGCCAAUGUCCAGGGCAGGAAUAUAGAAAACGGCUAUGUGCCGCUGCAUGAGGCAGCCAAGCACGGCAACCUGGAGGCUGUACAGGAGCUGCUAUUAGCCGAGGCUCCGCCGCUGCCAAGGACUAGCUCGGGUGAAUUCCCCUUUGAUCUGGCCAAGGAGGCGGGUCAAACUUCUGUGGAAGAGUUCCUAAUGAACUACAAGCUUCCACCGGCAAGUACCACCAGGGAGCAGUGGUACCACGGCACCCUGACCCGAGACGAGGCCGUUGCCAUACUCAAAAAGCAUGCCCAGGAGCUGCUGGCGAGCCAACCCCAACUGGACACCUCUGGAUGCUUUUUGGUUCGCUACUCUGAGUCACCGGCGGCCUCCGGAUUGGUUCUAACCCUGCUCAGCAGCGACCAAAUGGUCAAGAACUUUCGUAUCUCGCAGGCAGAUCUCUACCAGAACGGUGUCAAAUUGCAGUCUGGAGGGUCCAAGUUUCUGUACAUCGAUGACGGUCCCUAUUGGCCCAGCCUGGAGCAUUUGAUAUCGCACUUUAUGCGCUUCUCCUACGGACUGCCAGUGAGCCUCAAGUUUCCCGUGCCGCCGCAGCCCAAGCCGGAGGUGCCCUCGUUUGCCACCAUACCACGCUCCUCGGUGAAGCCAAGAACCACACCGCCAGCAACGCCACCAACGCCCGUGUCUCCCCACGCCCAUUCCCCCCAUCAUCAUGGUCAUCCGCAUGUGCCCGCCCUGACCAUAGCUAAAAAGAAGCAGAAGGAGAACAGCAGCUCCAUGUUCAACACCCUGCGCCUGACCAGCCCCAAGAAGGCGCUCUUCGACAUGAACAGCCUGCGCAAGAGCAAGUCCAAGGGCAAGCGUAGCGAAUCCGAGAGCAGCGUGAGUGGAUCUCUGGCCAGGACGGAGCAAGAGCUGCAGGCAGCUGCUCCCAUGCUGAAAAGCCUAUCAUUUUCCACGGAAUUCUCCACUUUCAAUGCGGACGGCGGCCUGGUAGUGGCUCCGGCCAGCGGGGAGCUGUACAACGUGCCCAGGAACAACACACCCAUCGAGAUGGACCUGCCGCCCAUUGCCCAAAAGACUGAAGCCGAAGUUGAGUAUUUCACCAAGAGCGAUGUCGCCAUUGAGCGUGAGCGCGCUGUCCAGAGUGGUGGCGUCAAUGGGUAUCAGCCCACAGUGGACGUACUCUCGGUUUGGGAUCAGCAGAUGAUCAAGCCUCCAGCUGCAGCGCGGCUUAACUCGCUCAUUUCCACAGGCUCCACGGAGAGUGAGAUGGCCAGUUAUCUGCAGAGAAAGUGCAGUGGUACCCCGACCACGCCCACAUCCAGCGCCUUGGAGGCGGCCAAGCUGAGGUUCUUCAUAGAACCAGAGAAUCUGGUCUUGGAGAGCGAGAUUGGCCACGGCGAGUUUGGAUCCGUGCACAGCGGUUGGCUGAUGAGGAAGAGCGCUGCUUCUGGCGAGGAGACACGUGUGGAAGUGGCCAUAAAGAUGCUCAGCGACGAGCACAGCAACAAGCAGGAGUUUCUGCGCGAGGCCUCCGUGAUGAUGCGGCUGGAGCACAAGUGCAUUGUUCGUCUGAUAGGAAUCUCCAAGGGCGAGAUGCUGAUGAUGGUGCAAGAGUUGGCUCCACUGGGCUCAAUGCUGCAGUAUAUCCUGGAUCAUGGUGCCGAGAUCAGCGCCAAUUCGGAGCUUAAAGUCUGGGCAUCCCAGGUGGCGUGUGGCAUGCACUAUCUGGAAUCUCAGCAUUUUGUGCACCGGGACUUGGCCGCCAGGAACAUACUGCUGACCGCCCGGCAGCAGGCCAAGAUCAGUGACUUUGGCAUGUCACGAUCACUGAGGCCCGGCAGCACCGAGUACCAAUUCACCCAAGGCGGCCGCUGGCCCAUCCGCUGGUAUGCCCCGGAGAGCUUUAACCUGGGCAUCUUCUCGCACGCCAGCGAUGUGUGGUCUUUUGGCGUGACCAUUUGGGAGAUGUUUGCGCUUGGAGCUCCGCCAUACGGGGAAAUAUCCAAUGUGGAUGCCAUUAAGCUGGUGGACAGUGGCGAGCGACUGCCGCAGCCGAGUCUGUGUCCAGCCUACAUCUAUGCGGUGAUGCAGAGCUGCUGGAAGGAGCGGCCGAAAGACCGGCCCACCUUUGCGUAUCUCAUGGAGUUCUUUGCCCGCGAUCCAGAUUACCAGAACCUGCCGGAAUUGGUGCAAACGGUUCACAUCUAAGCUUGUUCCCUGUCCGUUUCCCCCGAGUGCAAUUAUCACGUUUAGAAUGGCUCUAUUCUAUUCCGAUUUGUGUCGUAUUAAAGGGACUCGCAGAUCACACUUGUUAUGUAUACCCCGUGUCCUAGUAUUCAGCGAGUCCCUCCAAACAUUUUUAUAGUCUGUAAUCUACAUUAUAUAUACAUAUACAAAUUUGUGUCAAAAGAUAGCCAAGAAUUGUGCCUUAAAUCGAGUUUACUUUGUAUUCAUGUUUACAAAUCCGUUUUGUUUUUAUUAUUGGUUAAUCGAAAUAAAAAUCAGUCUCUUUUUUAAACGA